AUACUUAGCUUGUCAAUCCCCACCUGUGCAAGGGCAGAUUUGCUUUUCUCCAUCCUGCGCAUGCAAACACCUUUUGUGUAUCUCUUUCCUACUCGCACAUGUAUUGAUUGUAAAAAACAAAACAAAACAAAUAAUUUACAUCUCCCAUUUGAGUUUUGUUAAUUUUUUUUUUUUAAGGGAGUUACUGAGGAGCCUACCACCACGUUCUCCUCCCCGAGGCCCAUUUCAACGCCACCCACGGCUUUUCCCCUCCUCUUUUCGAUUUGCGCAAAGCCAGGCGAAAAAAAAAUGUUUGUAAGGCACCUCUCAGGCUUGAUUAGGGCUCCCCCGGCGAUCGGCCGAGCGGCACAGAGAAACUACUUCGCCCCCACGGGAAGGCUCCUCCCUCCGCGACAUGGCACGACCAUACUGUGCGUGCGCAAGAACAACGAAGUGUGUCUAAUCGGAGAUGGUAUGGUCUCUCAAGGAACAAUGAUCGUCAAAGGGAACGCAAAAAAAAUAAGGAGGCUGAAGGACAACAUUUUGAUGGGGUUCGCGGGGGCGACGGCGGACUGCUUCACCCUGCUGGACAAGUUUGAAACGAAAAUCGACGAAUACCCAAAUCAGCUUCUCCGCAGCUGUGUCGAACUAGCCAAACUAUGGAGAACCGACAGGUACUUGCGACAUCUGGAGGCAGUCCUAAUAGUGGCGGACAAAGAUGUACUGUUGGAGGUAACUGGUAACGGAGACGUUUUGGAACCUUCUGGAAAUGUCUUGGGCACAGGGUCGGGGGGACCAUAUGCCAUAGCAGCAGCCAGGGCACUCUACGACGUGGAGAAUCUCAGCGCCAAGGACAUCGCCUACAAAGCAAUGAACAUUGCUGCGGACAUGUGUUGCCACACGAACAACAAUUUUAUAUGCGAAACGCUUUGA